AUGCCCCUGCCAGCGCUGCUCUCCUCCAACGAUAGGUCGACUUAUUCCCUUGCAUCGUCCUCAAGCAAGGCGCGCUCUGUCCCGGCCGUCGACGGUGAUAUCCCGCCCGAGUAUAUCCACGAUGAGGCCCAGCUGCCCUGCAUCCCGCCCGAACGGCCGGACCUGCGCGAGCUAAACUGCUGCCUCGAGGCCCUGGCGGCGGCGUUUCCCGAUAUCCAGAUCGAGGUCUUCCGCGAGCUGCUCGGCAAUUUCGAUGGCGAGUCGAGGCUUGCUCUGGUGGCCGAUGCGCUGCUAAAGAACCGCGCUACGUGGGUCAAGGGCAGAUGGAAGGUUGCCGGCCCUGAGAGGCACAGUGGCAGUAUUAUCAUUCAGCAUGGAGACGGUGACAAGACACAGGCAGAAGCGGCCAUUGUCGUCAGUCAGCUCGUGCCGAGGGCAGAGAUCUUCCGGAGCGACGCUUACAAGAACGCGGUGCGGACGCUUGCGUGGCAGGAGUUUAAAGGCUUGUCAAAGUCCACCAUCAACGCGGUGCUGGCCGAGUCCAACUACUCAUACCUGGACGCUCGGAGGACGCUCGUGACGCUCUCGUCCAAGUCAUGGCGCUUCACCCUCUCGUCGUUCAUCAUGAGGCGCAAGCCCGUGGCCACGGGCGAGGCAGAUAACCACCCUCUUGUCCGCUGGCGCACCACCGGCCAGGGCUCGAGCAUACCCACGAUACGAUCCACGGGCAACGCCGAGCUUGAUCGGGAACUCUACGAUGCGCUCGUCCGCCCGCUGAAGGAAAAGGAUAGACAGGAUCGAAUCGAUAAAGACCGGGCUGCGGCGAUACGGCUGAACAAUGAUGAUGCCGAGGAAGCAGGCGCAGUUCACGAGUGCAUGUGCUGCUUCACCACCGCCCCUUUUGAAGAGUUUACGCACUGCAACAAGGACGCACACAUGAUUUGCUUCCGCUGCGUCCAGCUCUCACUCAAGGAGGCCGUCUUUGGCCAAGGCUGGCAGAGCAGCAUUAUCCCCGAGACGGGGACGCUGAGGUGCAUGGCUGUCGGCCGGGAUCAGUGCUCUGGCUACAUCUCGUCCGAACACAUGUGCAGGGCCAUGCUGGAAGAGAAGAAGGGUGCCGAGAUUCUGCAUCAGCUAGACCAGCGGCUUGCGGAACAUGCUUUGAUUGCUGCGAGGCUGUCGCUGGUACACUGUCCGUUUUGCAGCUACGCAGAGAUUGAUGACAUUUACAUGCCGUCCAAGAGGGCAAGAAUGCGAAUCCGGAUUGCUGGUAUCCUCCACCUGCUAUUCCUCUUCCUAUGCUUCACUUGCGUUGUCCUCGUCCUUCCUCUGGCUGUGCUCUCCUUUGUCGCCGCUUUGGCAUUUACCUCCUCGGGGGCGGUCUGGAUGCGGAUAUCAGCAGAGUGGAAGCGCGCCAUGGGCAGACACACUCGACGCCGACGCGGACUCCAGUUUGCCUGUCAGAACCCUGAGUGUGGCCGAGUAUCCUGUCUCUCGUGCAGCAAGACCUGGACGGAUAUCCAUGUCUGCAACGAGUCGUCUCUGGUUGCGCUACGAACACAGGUCGAGCAGGCCAUGAGCAUGGCCAUCAAACGCGUCUGCCCUCGCUGCAACACGUCGUUUGUCAAGAACGCAGGCUGCAACAAGCUCACCUGUCCCUGUGGGUACAAGAUGUGCUACGUCUGCCGCGCCGAUCUCACCGAGGAAGGGUACCGGCACUUUUGCGAUCACUUCAGACCCGACGGCGACCCGCGGCCGUGUCUAGAGUGUGACCGGUGCAAUCUGUGGGAGUCGGAAGACGUCGACCAGGUGCUGCAGGAGGCCCGCGAAGAGGCAGAGCAAAAGUGGAAAGACACGGAGAAGAGAGACCUUUCGACACCGGAAAAGGCAUUUCUAGAAACGGGCAUAGCGACACGGCUGAGCAGCAUUGGCAGUAUCGAGGAAAUCCUGUCGGCAGGGCGGAUGCCCUCGCUGGGGGAGUUUUUGGAUGUUGUUGUUGAGACGAUCUUUGUGUGA